CCGGGAAACUGACAUAAUCGUACUACAUAACGUGUUAUCACUCAGGCGAACGCCUUGUACUUAUCAAUGAUAAAUAAUAAUUCAGGCGCUACCUACGGAGGAAUUUUCAUUAAUUAUGAUAGUGAUGAAUUACGCGUGCUUUAUGACAAUCUGUAUCACAUUAACAUUAUAACGGCGAGGUUGAACCAGACGUGAGCACACGGCAAGGGCGUACAGACGUGUGCCAACUCCAAUGUUCGGUUACUGAAGGGUCAUUGUCUCAGAACAACAAUAUAAUGUAAAAUUUAGGGAAAUUUGGUAGAUAUUUUUAAUUUUCUGACUAUGGUUUUCAUGAUAACGCCUACUACAUAAUUAAUUAUACAUAACUGAAGAAAUUUGUACAGCGUUAUAAUAAUAUUUGUGAAGUGCUAGAUUUUGCCUAAAAUGACCAAGAAACAAAAGGAAGUGAAUGAACACCCGCCGAAAAAGAAAAUGGAGGAGAAGACUUCAAUACAGGAUCCACCCGGGUUAAUUGCAAGACUUGGGUUCUUCUGGAUGAUACCUGCGUUUUUUAACGGUAAUCGCAGGGACUUGGAAGAAUAUGAUUUAAUAGCAGCAAAGAGCAUUUAUGAUUCAAAAAUAGUUGGAGACAAACUGGAACGGGUGUGGUACGAAGAGGAAUUCAGAGCAAAAGCAGCUGGCAAAAAACCGUCCUUCUUAAGAGCACUCAUUAAAGCUUUUGGUUGGUCUUUCUUGCCCGGCGGGUUAAUGCAGCUCACCGCUGAAGCUAUAAGAACGGGAACCCCGCUUCUCUUCGCGCAGCUGCUGAGCUAUUGGCAGGUGGACUCGACUAUGACCGCACAAACGGCGUCAUACUACGCCGGCGGCGUGAUCGUGGCCAACUGGGUUGCAGCCUUCUGCAAUCAUCACGGGAAUUUGUUCUGCCAACAGUUUGGAAUGAAACUUAGAAUUGCGACGAGUUCUUUGAUGUUUAGAAAGGGACAUAGGGCUCUCAGAAGGGAUUUCCAUUCUUCGCGGUCCAGCGCGGCCUCUUCCAGCUCCGCCCAGCCGAGGCCAACUGAUGCCGCCUCUUUUUCCACUGUGCGCCUCCAGGUGGUACGUGGGCGACCUUGUCCUCUUUUUCCGGGAAUUUUCCAGGUCAUGGUAAUGAAUAACGGCGCCCUCGGCGGGACGACUGUGGGUAAAAUCGUCAAUAUUUUAUCAAACGAUUUGCUGCGUUUCGACUUGGCGCUCCUCUUCCUGCACUAUGUUUGGAUUAUACCCCUGCAGUAUGCUGCUGUGUUGUACCUGGGCUAUUUGCAGGCAGGAUCUUCCGCAUUUGUCGGUUUCGCCGCGUUACUGAUCAUCGCCAUCCCCAUACAAAGUGGCCUCAGUCGACUCAUAGCCAAGGUUAGGUUCCGCACAGCUGAAAAAACAGACGACAGAGUUAAGACAAUGAGCGAAGUUAUUAAUGGAAUACAGGUGAUUAAAAUGUAUGCUUGGGAGAUACCAUUCCAAAAAGUAAUUAGUAAAAAGAGAAGCUUAGAGUUAAAAGAAGUGAGAAUUGCAACCAUUCUGAAGACAGUUUUCCUUGGCUUCUUGAUGUUCACGGAGAGGACAGCGCUGUUCAUCGCUAUCCUAGUGUAUAUCCUGCUGGGGAACACGAUGUCGGCAUCUGUGAUAUAUCCGCUGCAGCAAUUCAUGAACACAACGAGCGUGAAAGUGACUCUGAUCCUGCCUUUGGUGCUGUCCUUUACGGCCGAGAUGCGCGUCACGAUUAAACGAGUCGAGGAAUUCCUCGCAUUUGAGGACCGGGCCGACUUGGUGGCGAGCCAGCCGGCCACGCAGCUCCACUUCCCGCGCCGCAAGAGCGAGCGGCCCGUCAGCGCGCUGUCCUACCGACUCACCACUGACGACUUCCUUGAUCCUUCCAACGGCUUCGCCCCGCACGACAGAAAGUUCAGCCGAAGCGUGUCCCAGCUGGACGACGUGGCGGUUGACGUCCGCGAUGUCAGCGCCAGUUGGACGAAUGAUCCCAAUAUGCAAGCUCUUAAAAACAUUACUUUACGCAUUCGAAAAGGAAAGUUGUGCGCGAUCAUCGGAUCGGUUGGGUGCGGAAAGUCGUCGUUCCUGCAACUGCUGCUGAAGGAGCUGAGCCCGUCGUCUGGCAGCGUGUCAAUAUACGGCUCGCUGUCCUACGCGUGCCAAGAGGCGUGGCUCUUCCCCGCUACGGUCCGAGAUAACAUAUUAUUCGGAUUGCCGUAUAUUCCAAGCAAAUACAAAACCGUAUGCAAAGUGUGCGCGCUCGAGAAGGAUUUCAAGCAGUUUCCGUUCAGCGACCAGACGCUGGUGGGCGAGCGCGGCGUGUCGCUGUCGGGCGGGCAGCGCGCGCGCAUCAAUCUGGCCCGCGCUGUCUAUCGUGAGGCGGACAUCUACCUGCUAGACGACCCGCUGUCCGCGGUGGACGCGAACGUGGGCCGGCAGCUGUUCGAGGGCUGCAUCAACGGCUACCUGCGCGGGCGCACACGCGUGCUCGUCACGCACCAGAUACACUUCCUCAAGGCCGCCGACUACAUCAUCAUCCUCAACGAGGGCAAAAUCGAAAAUAUGGGAACAUACCAAGAAUUAAUAAAGAGUGGGAGAGACUUGACAAGAUUUUUGUCGGAAGAUAAAGAAAAAGACAAAGACUCUGUCAAUCUCAGCGCAAAAAGUGAGGACAAAGCAAGCUUGGUUAAGAGAAGUAUAUCUAGAGUGAGCGAAGCCGAAGAGCAGCCAGAAUUCAAGGCUCAGGUAGCCGUGGCAGAGGAGCGGCAGUCGGGCAGCUUGCGGCUGGAGGUGAUCGCCGCUUACUUCCUGUCCGGCAACAGCGUGUGUUACGUCCUGUUCACGGUGGCCGUGGUGCUGGCCGCCACCGCGGCCGCGGCCUCUGCCGACUAUUGGGUCAGCAAUUGGACAAAUGAAAUGGCAAGAUAUGAAGCGGAAGCAGGAAUCGACACGGAUGGCGGGCUGGAUGAGCAGGUGGGUCGGUUCACGACGCGGCAGUACCUGAUCGUGCACGGCAGCAUCGUCGCCGUGCUCAUACUGCUCGUCAACGUUCGCGUGCUGCCCUUUGUGCAACUCUGCAUCGCUUCAUCCCGAAAACUGCACAACAAAAUGUUUUCAGUCAUGUUGAGGGGCAUCAUGCGCUUUUUUGACACUAGCUCUUCAGGGCGUAUCCUAAAUCGCUUCACCAAGGAUAUCGGCGCGGUGGAUGAGAUUCUGCCGCGUACACUCCUCGACGUGUUCCAGAUAUACAGCACGCUGGGCGCCAUCUUGACUCUUAAUGCCAUCGCCCUCUACUGGACUCUUAUACCUUCUGCGGUGCUCAUUGCCAUAUUCGGGAUCUUCGUUAAAAUCUACUUAAACGCUGCUCAGAGCAUUAAGCGUCUAGAAGGCACAACAAAGAGUCCCGUAUUCGGCUUAGUGACGUCUUCUCUUAGUGGCAUUUCAACUAUAAGAUCUUGUGGAGCCCAAAAGAAACUAAUUGAAGAUUUUGAUCGGCAUCAGAAUUUGCAUACGGCUGCUUGGAAUGGCUUCUUAGGAGGGGGUGCAACUUUCGGCUUUUAUUUGGAUACCCUAUGCUGUAUUUACUUGGCAACUAUAAUAUUUGUCUUCUUAUACGUUGACUUUGGCGGAGCGAUAUCGAUCGGCAGCGUGGGGCUGGCGGUGACGCAGAGCCUGACGCUGACCAUGAUGCUGCAGCACGGCGCGCGGAUGUUGGUGGAGUUCCUCGCGCAGCUCACCAGCGUCGAGCGCGUGCUGGAGUACAGCCGCAUCGACACCGAGACUAACCUAUUUGAAGGACAGGUGGCUACUCCUCACAUCUGGCCAUCACAGGGCAGGAUCGUAUUCCAAAACGUGAACAUGCGUUAUGCGCCCGACGAAGCCCCGAUACUAAAGAACUUAAAUAUUACAGUCGAAAGUGGCUGGAAGGUUGGUGUAGUGGGCAGAACUGGCGCUGGAAAAUCGUCCCUAAUUUCUGCAUUAUUCAGAUUUGCAUUUUUGGACGGCACUGUCACAAUUGACGGACUGGAUACAUCGCUGAUAGCUAGACAAGAUCUCCGAACCAAAAUUUCUAUUAUACCUCAAGAACCAGUCCUAUUCUCUGCAACAAUUCGUUAUAAUCUAGACCCGUUCAAUGUGUACAGUGACGACGACCUCUGGAGAGCACUCGAACAGGUGGACAUGAAAUCUGCAAUACCGUCUCUGGAUUUCCUAGUAACAGAAGGUGGAUCUAAUUUUUCUGUAGGGCAGCGGCAAUUGAUGUGUCUGGCCCGUGCUGUACUCAGAUCGAAUAAGAUUUUGAUUAUGGAUGAAGCCACUGCCAACGUAGACCCUCAGACUGACAAUUUUAUACAGAAAACGAUCCGCAGCAAAUUCGCUUCAUGUACGGUGUUGACGAUCGCUCACCGGCUCAACACCAUCAUGGACUCGGACCGCGUGCUGGUGAUGGACAGCGGCGAGGUGGCGGAGUUCGACUACCCCUACCACCUGCUCUCCGACCCCAACAGCCGGCUGUCCUCUAUGGUCCGGGAGACUGGGGACUCGAACAUGGCUCGUCUGUUUCAGAUAGCCAAAGAUGCCUAUUUCCAAAGUAAUCUGAAAGAAAACGCCUCAUGAACUGAAUCCAAAGUAAUUAUAACAAAACGCCUCAUGAAAGUUACUAAUACCAAAAGGCGAGUCGGUUUACGCUGUUGUCACGCUGAUGUGGAUCCACUCUGACAGACAACGCUAUGCCCGUAUCUAUCACCGGCUACGUGCGGAUGGAAAUAGGCAUCCAAUGCGAAGACCGCUACACUGACUACUCUGACAGAGUACAAAUGAAAGAGUACCUUUUUAUUUAAAGAAGUAUUUUUUUACAAUUUAGUCAGAUAAUUAGUAUCUAAUUUAGUUAAAGGUAUCUACUUUUAACGUAUACAUUUUACAUAAAGAAAUAAAAUUUU